AUGCCCAGCAAACUCACGCCAUGGAAAGAACUCCGCAUUCUCAAACAUCAAAUCCCAGCCCACGGCUCCAUACCGAAUACAUCCAUCCAGCAUAAACCCCUCCUACUCUACAAAUCUCUUUUCCCAGAUAAUACAUCCGCCUCACAAAUCGAAUCUCAUCUCUCAUCUAUAGGAGUCGUGCAGCCACAAUGGCGAUACACAAUGUAUGAUUUCUCCCACUUCCACAGCACUUCGCAUGAAGUCCUGGGAAUUUCCCACGGACGAGCGAGACUUUGUUUUGGACAUGAGGAUAAUCCUGAUAGGGUUGUGGAAGAAGUUUGCAAAGGCGAUGUUAUUGUCAUUCCGGCGGGAGUUAGUCAUUGUUUGUUGGAGGAUUUGGAGGGAGGGUUCCAAAUGGUUGGAUGUUAUCCCAAGGGCUACAAUUGGGAUGUGUGUGAGGCUGGGGAUGAUAGAAAGGUGCAGAUGAUUGAGAGUCUGGAGUGGUUUGAGAAAGACCCAGUGUAUGGAAAUGAAGGACCUGUGCUGGAAGUUUGA